GUUGACAAUGUAUAAUAAUAAUGUCAAAUAUUCUUUGAUAAAAAUAUUUGUUUAAGAAAGCAGCCUUCUGAGUACCUUUUGUUAUGGGGUGUUGGGAGCCGCCCCUAGAGGGGGGGAUAUGUCACGUCUAGAUGUGUUUUUGUUCAUGUCUUUUAUUUUAAAGUUUAGUUCCUGUUCCUGUUCAGGUCAUGUGGUUUCAUGUCAUGUUAUUUCCUGUUUCCAUGCCAUGUUUGUUCCUGUUUCCUUGGUCUUGUGAUUUCAUGUUUCCCUCCAUGUUCAUGUGUCUUGUUUUCAUCGUUCUGUCUUGUCAUUGGUUAUCAUUGUCAUGUUUCUCCCUUGUACAUGUAUUUAAGCCUCAUGUUUGCCAUUGUCCAUUGUCAGGUAUUGUGAAUGUAACUUUGUUGGAUUGGUCAUGUCAUGUCAUGUCAUGUCAUGUCAAGUCAAGUCAAGUUCAUGUUUUUGUAUUUUGUUCACAUUGGGAGUUAAGGUUUUUGAAUUUCAUGAUUGAUAAUAAACUGCACUUGGGUUCAUCACACAUCAUCAGUAGCGGAUUUAGGCCCAGUGCAACAUCUUGCGGGGGGCGGCACAAGUUUGUUGUCGCAAUGAACGAGAAAAAUUGACCAUGGAUCAUUCAAAACGGCAAACCUCCGGGGAAUCACCGGUUGUAAAAACAAAGAAACCCCAAACAGAACAGAGUCUACAAGCAAAAUGGGAAAGUGAUAGAGUCCGUAAUAUAACCUGAAUCAACAUCGGCUUGGAUUUUCAGAGGUAGCGACAACUCCGAGAUCUGAAAGGAUUUAAAAGCGACCCAGAGAUGGCUUUCUUCUUACUCAACAGCAGCAGCAGUUAGAGGUUUCGAACGGAGGCAGGGAGUGGAGGCAGCACAGGGAAGAGGAGACGACUGAAGACAGAAGAGACCCAUCGGCCAUCACUACACCAGGCAACCAGAGACCCUGCACAGACAUGCGACCAAGGUCCAGAUUACUGGCGAAACGAGGCCUUCCCACCAUCAGGGAGGGCUAUGAGGAACUGGUGCAGGACCUGAACCAGACUAACAGCCAACACACUACCACACAGGACUACUUCCUUUCCAUUUGCCAUCUGGCCCGGCCCACCUUCCCUUUGCAUGAGCCCGACUGUGACAUCCUUUCCAUCGGCCCUUUGGACUCCCCAAAACCCUGCUUACGACUGCACAGCUUGUGCCAGCAUCUGCAAACUCCACAGCCGCACACCUCCACAAAUAGCGUCCACACUGUUCAGCAAGCCCACAAAGAGCAAAACAUCGCCAGAUCUGCUCCUUCAGAACCACUGCAGGCCCAGGCCCCAAAGGAGGGCAAUGGAUGCAGAGGUGACGGCCCAGGCCCUGCGGAUCCACUAGAGUACCUCUACAGCCACAGAGGCGCACUAGCGCUCUCCACCAGGAGGGGGAGCAUUCCUCCCCGCAGGCCACGCAGUGACACCUUUCCAGGCGUCUCGUCUGCACCUGACACCCAUCGCAAAGGCAGCUGUCCUGAGCUGUGCUUGGCCGAGACUGUCACUACGGCAACAGUCCUGCAGCGGUCACCGCUCAACAGGAAGAAGCUGGAUGACAGUAGCCUUGCUGCUCGCAAUGGCGUGCCCAACAAUCUCAAUUGCACCCCUGCUGGAUGGAGGGGAAAGAGCAAUUGCUGCAUGGACAAACAGACCAUUGUGUCCCACUGGAUCACAGAGUGCCGCAGUGCGUGGAAGGAGGCCCGCAUUCAUGCAUGCAUGCUGCCCACCAUUGCUGAGAAGUAAUCUAUGCAUGCAACACUUGUAAAAUGAGAAAGUUGAACAGGACAGGCAAACAUCACAGACAGUAACGUGGAAUAUUGUGGAAUUAUGACUUUGCACUGCAGGUUUAUAUGCAUAUACAUUUUUUAAACCUAUGACCCCAUAGAUUGUGCCGUGCACCACACCUUAGUGCAGAGUUACAAUGAAUGUCGGUUAUAAGACUGAGACAGUCUAGUAAUGUCCAGUCGUGAUCAAUAAAUGCACUGAUUGUUGGAUGCCUUUAACAUUGUUUAGUGAUGUUUAAAAGAAAAAAAUUAAAGAAACAUUUAUCAUCACAAUUUCAGUUCUAAUAUAGAAUAUUCAAUACAAUAGUUUAAAGGAGAACUGCAUAAUAUUCACAGGUAAGCAUCUCACUGCGUCUAAAAACAUAUAUAGCUGGUACUACUUUGAAGACCCAGCUUGUGGCAAAUUUGUAAAUUAGGCAGCUACUGAGAUGCAGAAUUAAUACACCAUGCUUCCAAAACUACAUCAUCAUACAUUUGAUGGAAAUCCAAAAUUCCAAGAUCUGCAAACAAUUAAGUGGUCGAAAGGAAUAGAGUACUUAUGCCUAAAUACAAAAAUUCUCUGGGCCUGUGUAGCACAGUGGUAAAAGACGCUGGCUACCACCCCUGGAGUUCGCUAGUUCGAAACCCAGGGCGUGCUGAGUGACUCCAGCCAGGUCUCCUAAGCAUCCAAAUUGGCCCAGCUGCUAAGGAGGGUAGAGUCACAUGGGGUAACCACCUUGUGGUCACUAUAAUGUGGUUUGUUCCUGGUGGGUCACGUGGUGAGUUGAGUGUGGAUGCCGCGGUGGAUGGCAUGAAGCCUCCACACGCGCUAUGUCUCCGUGGCAACGUGCUCAACAAGCCACGUGAUGAGUGGGUUGACGGUCUCAGACACGGAGGCAGCUGGGAUUCGUCCUCCGCCACCCGGAUUGAGGCGAAUCACUACUCGACCACGAGGACUUAAAAGCGCACUGGGAAUUGGGCAUGCCAAAUUGGGUGAAAAAGGGGGAAAUCCCCCCCACCCCAAAAAAAUCUCUAAAUCUCUCCUCUCCACAUACAGAGAUGUUCAGAUCAUAAUAAAUAUUGGAGACAUCAUAUCUAAUUAUUAUUUUGAUAUUCAUUUGAUGUCUUAACAGCAAACUCCUCCUGGUUCACCUAUAUGGAAGUAUAUUAAUGACAAAUGUAUUUAAAACAAAAAACAUGCUUGCAUUUUGAGGGGGUUCAAUUUUAUAUGGUUGUAUAUUAAAGCUGUGAAUAUUUCAAUUGAAAACAUUUAGCACAAACUUUCAUCAUUAAAAAUUCAAUAAUAAAUAUUCUCCUUCCAAAAAAGUCUGUAUCAUCAAAUUUCAUCUUUUAUUAUUCAACAGGUAAUAUUCAGUCCACUAUAUUUAGCUUUGCAAAUUUGCCUCCAAAAAUUAAGUGGUUACAAUUCGGUUGGAAGUUGAACCUUGUACUACCUAGUAGUGAAGCCUAGUAGCAGAGAGUAAAGAUUGUGCAUCGACACUCAACUGCUUUUCCUGCAAUGCCAGGAUGUGCAAGGUUGAAUUUCCAACUGAAUUUUAACCACUGAAAUUUUAAAGGUGAAUUUGCAAAGUGAAAUAUAAAAGACUGAAUUUUACCUGUUGAAUAAUAAAGAUUAAAUCAAAUUUAAAAUGUAUUUAUUUAUUUAUUUAUUUAUUUUUGGAAGGUGAAUAUGUAUUAUUGAUUUUUAAUUAUGAAAUUUUGUGCUAAAUGUUUUCAAUUGAAAUAUUCACAGCUUAAAUAUACAACCAUAUGAAACUUCAUCCCCCAAAAAAUGCAAGCACUGUUAAUACAAUGCGUUUAUUUUUCAAUUAGUACAAUUCAGUGUGCCUCUGAAAGACAUUGUCAUUAAAAUUCUUCCAUACCACCUAAUAUAUCACUAUUUACUGAAACAAAAAGGGUAUGAUCAAGGACAGGCCCAAUGCAUGUUAAAUGUUUUGGGCUAUGAUAAUUCAUCGUCAUCUACUGACUGCAAAGGCAACAUUGUUUAUGCUCGGGCUCUUGUUUCCAAGUUCAACCAAUGGAGCAUGGUGUUUCCACUUGCAAGCACAAAUAUCAGCUUUAGAAAUGACUGUAGUCCAGUUGGAGGAUAAAUAAAGGGACAUGAUAACAUUUUCUGGUAAGGAAUCACCUUCAGUUCAUCAAUGGACCAUAGAAUAAAAAAUCCAACCCUAAUAUAUCAUUCUGAUAUUUUGAUUUUGACACUAAGCCAAUGUGGAACUGCACUGUUAUCAUGAUUGGACUGUUUGUACACAUCCAGAAAAUCAUGUUUCACUGCAUUGAUUUGAUGUUCCAAUAUUUUGAUCAUUUUACUGUUAGAAAAUAAAUAAGUGGUUGCAUGUGACUUUGAAAAUUAUUUUGUAUUCAUGCAUAUGAAGUUUCUGUAAAUUAUGGAUGUAAUGAUUUGAAAAAACUGUAUGUUACACUGUAUGAGUAAAGAAAAUCUGUCGUUUGUAAAUUUUCAGCAACCUUGUACUUUCUUUUCCACUUUUUUAAAUGAAUAAAAUGUCUGUGAUA